CUCCCACCAAUCGCAUGGUGAGGACCAGUGACCCGGCGUGCGGGGACAGCACAGAUAAAUAUACGGAACUGUAUUGAAGGGCCAACUCGGUUCUUCGUUUUUCCCUUCACAGCCUGCGAUUUUUUUACCGGUUUCCAUGGGGACUGCGCGUAGGAACGCAUCGUUGUGUCUUCUUCUACCAGUGCUGUUGCUUUCUCUGCUCCUUCCAGCCCUACCGGAAGGAUUGGUGAAGAUCGCGCUGAAAAAGCGUCCGCUGGAUGAGAGCAGUAGGAUUGCGGCUAGGCUUGUAAACGAGGAAGCGCUUUCGCUGGAAUCCCGAAAGUUUGGGCUCAAGGGGGUUCAAGAUGGGUCGGAGGAGGACAUCAUAGCGCUGAAAAAUUACAUGAACGCGCAGUAUUAUGGAGAGAUUGGCAUUGGCUCUCCCGCGCAGAAGUUUACGGUGAUAUUUGACACUGGUAGCUCGAACCUUUGGGUUCCAUCGGGGAAGUGUUAUUUUUCGAUUGCUUGCUUUUUUCAUUCGAAGUACAGGUCAAGCAGGUCAAGCACCUACAAGAAGAAUGGGAAGUCUGCCGCUAUUCAUUAUGGAACUGGAUCAGUUUCUGGUUUCUUGAGUGAAGACUAUGUGUCUGUUGGUUCCCUCGUUGUGAAAGAACAGGUUUUUAUAGAAGCAACUAGGGAGCCAAGUGUCACUUUCUUGGUUGCAAAAUUUGAUGGCAUCCUUGGUCUUGGAUUUCAAGAAAUAUCUAUUGGCAAUGUAGUACCUGUAUGGUCAUUAUUGCUGAAAUAAACCAUAAAAUUGGUGGUACUGGUGUCGUUAGCCAAGAGUGCAAGGCAGUAGUUGCUGAGUAUGGGCAAAAGAUUUUGGAUCUUCUGCGCAUGGAGACGGAACCACAGAAGAUUUGCUCUAAGAUUGGUCUUUGCGCUUUUGAUGGAACUCAUUCUGUUGGUAUUGACAUUGAGAGUGUGGUAAAAGACAAUGGCGGUAACUAUGGCCUCAGUAGGAGUGAUCCCAUGUGCUCUGCUUGUGAGAUGGCUGUUGUUUGGAUACAAAAUCAACUUAAGCAGAACCAAACAGUAGAUUUAAUACUGAACUAUGCCAACCAGUUGUGCGAGCGACUGCCCAGUCCCAUGGGAGAAUCCUCUGUUGACUGUAACUCCUUGCCCUUGAUGGCUGCUGUUUCUUUCACCAUUGGUGGUAAGAAUUUUGAUCUCACAGUAGAACAGUACGUUGUAAAGAUAGGCGAGGGACCCAUUGCACAAUGCAUCAGUGGAUUCACAGCUCUGGAUGUGCCCCCUCCUCGCGGUCCUCUCUGGAUCCUGGGAGAUGUGUUCAUGGGAGUCUAUCACACCGAGUUCGACUAUGGAAACCUGAGGGUUGGAUUUGCAAAAGCUUCAUGAAAUUAGAACGCUCUGUUUCUUCAGUUACCGUGUCAAGGAAUCAUGACUCGUCCAUAGUGAUGUUUUGUAAAGUAUAUGAUAUGAAACUGUAAAUCAUCGAUAAAAAUGGUUUAAAAAAAAUUGUAGUACGAGUAUGAAGCUAUGUUGCUGCUGCCUUUGUGAAGGUGAAACUGUUUCAGUGGAUUUCUCUUGUUUUUCUAGAUAAGCAUGCGGUCUCAUUUGCUAAAUCCUAAUAUCUACUCGUUUGAAAAACUGAACGACAUUCUGUUGACGGUUCCUGAUUCGAAAGUUUUGAUUACCCGUUAAA